UCUGUUUGGGUUUGACUUGUGCUAUUAAGGAGGCCUGCUUAGGGCCCAGAGAAGGGGAAGUGCCCGUGAAGGGGAAUCAAACUCCCCAGGCAUUGGGCCAUGGUGAUGCUGGGAGUGGAGGGUGUGCUGGAUAUGCCGAUGACAGGUUCUUGACUGCCCUUGAGAACAGAUGUACCCACUACAGGGUGAAGGUGAGAGUGUAAUUUGAAGCUCAAUUGAGAAGGGAACUGGAUUCUAAAAUUAUAUCGCCACUCGGAUUUACAAAUGUGCACACAUUCACUCAUGGCGCAAGAAGCGCUGCGUCCUAGCCCCCGCGGGAGUCGCCUGGGAUCCUUGCCUGGUUCUCAUCACCGGAUUAACCAGACCUGGGGAUAAAUGGAAGCCACCGGCCCAGUAGCCAAGGAUCAGCUGAGCCCUGGGGCUAAUGCUUGCUCACACUGUUGAGAGUGGCACUGCGGCCCAGCCAGGCACCCACAAAGGUUAACCCGGGACACUCGUGGCCAGUGAUCCUGAUGUCUGUUCAGAGCUGCGCACUCAAGGGUGUGAUAAGAGAAAGGAGCAACGUCUCGUGAGCUGCUGGUUCCUUUUGAUGCCGGUCUGACUGGGGCUCUGAUCCCCGGGGCAGAACAAGAGAGCCGUGCCUUCUGGCCCCAGCCAGGACUUCCAGCCUUCCCCAUUCAUCUUCCGUGGACCAGUCUUGGCACAACCUCUCAGACUCGGCCUGACUUCUCCUAGCGGCCCGCCGGCCCCCGUCGGCACCAUGGCUUCCGCCGAGCCCCUGACGGCGCUGUCCCGCUGGUACCUGUACGCCAUCCACGGCUACUUCUGCGAGGUGAUGUUCACGGCGGCCUGGGAGUUCGUGGUGAACUUCAACUGGAAGUUCCCGGGGGUGACGAGCGUGUGGGCGCUCUUCAUCUACGGCACGUCCAUCCUCAUCGUGGAGCGCAUGUACCUGCGCCUGCGCGGCCGCUGCCCGCUGCUGGUGCGCUGCCUCAUCUACACGCUCUGGACAUACCUGUGGGAGUUCACCACCGGCUUCAUCCUGCGCCAGUUCAACGCCUGCCCCUGGGACUACUCCCAGUUCGACUUUGACUUCAUGGGCCUCAUCACCCUGGAGUACGCCGUGCCCUGGUUCUGCGGGGCCCUCAUCGUGGAGCAGUUCAUCAUCCGCAACACCCUCCGCCUCCGCUUCGACAAGGACGCCGAGCCCGGGGAGCCCAGCGGCGCCCUGGCCCUGGCCAAUGGCCACGUCAAGACUGACUGAGUUGGGGGGUGGGGGCGGGGAGCUGCUGGGAUGGGGGCCCCCGGGGGCUCUCAUGGACCCUGUGGACAAGGGUACCAAGCUGGCGGGGUUGCCCCUUCGGUACAGCACAAGCCCCGCCCCAUGGGGGGCACACGGAGCACCCCAGGACCGUCCGCUGUGGGCGGGGUUGGAGGCGUGGUCAGGUGUUGGGGGCGACAGAGGGACUUGGGGUGGAGUGCGUGGAUCUCAGCCCAGCUCAGGGGCUGGAGGCGGGAGGCCUGUGGUUAUGCAGCGACUGGACUAUGUGGGUGACUUUGGAAGCAGCAGGCCCUGUCCUGGCUAAGGUAGUCUAAGAAGGGGACAGAAGGUGGGGGGCAAGGCCUGCAGGGGCUGUGGGCGGCUGCAGCCGCCGCUGGCUCCCUCCCUCUCACCUAGUUUAGUUGGGCUUGGGCUGGUUCCAUUAGGCAAUAUUCAGGUGCUUGCUUGCAACCAAUACCUCCCCCCAAGGCCUGUUGAGCUGCAGCCUAAGAAGAGACUGGGCAGCUAGGAGGCUGCUGGGCAGGAGUGCUGGUCUGCAAGGGCUGGGAGGCCUUCCCUUGGCUCCUCUACCCUCCCCCAGGGCCCCACGCUGCUCCCUUGGCCUUCUGGGGCUCCCCCCUGGUGCUGGAUUCCCACCAACCUUAGGCUUUGGGAGGUUUCAAUCCCUGUGUGUUCGGUGGCGUUUCCCCCUUUUCUCUUAUUUUCAGAGCCUUUACCACUAGCAGCCCCCUGUAUCCAAGUCAACCACCCCACCUGUCCCCACCCCCAUCUCCCUAGCCAACACAACAGCUGCCAGAGAUAGAACCCUGAGCAGACCCGUCCCACCCUCUUGCAGCCUGCCCUCCCCUGUUGCCACUGGCCUGAUCCCUGGGAAGUUCCUUGUUAUGGCUCCCCACCCCCUUAUCUGGGGGACAGUGGCUAAAAACCGAAUAAUACCCCCAACGCACAGUCAGGCUAAGAUGGGCCCCACAGAUCCACAGUGGGGACCGAGAGACAAAUCAGUUGAAGGGGGAGGGGGAGGUGGGCAGGAAAGGCACCCGGCUGGUUUAUUUUCAAACCAGUUCGGGACAGUCCAGCUUUCCAGAGGGUGGAGGAGCAGGUAUCCAGUGCUGAAGAGUCAUGGAGACUGAGUGAGGGAGAAAAAGAGGGCUUUUCAGCUUUGACAAUGGCAACCCACUCCAGUAUCUUUGCCUGGAGAAUUCCAUGGACAGAUGAACCUGGCAGGCUAUAGUUCGUGGGGUCGCAAAAAGUCAGACAUGACUGAUGGACUAACACUUUGGCUUUCGGAGGGUCCUCAAAGCAUCCUCAGCGGGAAUGAGUUAGUUCUGGUUCUGCCAUAGCCCCAGCCCUGCAGCAAAACCUCCUCGGGUCUAUCCUCUCCUUCCCCCUCCCAGAAAGAGGAACACGCUGAGUUUGCUCCUUAAACAGUAUUAAGCCUGCCAUCACGGGCAUUGUCAUCUCAGUUGCCCCACCUUCCCCACUGACAGGUCCAUUGCUGGCAGUGGACAGGUGAGAUCCUAACUCCAGCCCACUUCCAGCUCUGCUGCCUCCCCCAGGGGAGGGCUCCAUCAAAUGCAACCUAUCUGGCAGUACGUGGUCUCUUUUUGACCACCCUAGGACUCUUAGGUAGAAACUAGCCUUUCCCUUUUUAUAGAACAUUAAAAGUGGUAAUACCACCUGUGGAGAGAACUUCCUCUUCUUGCUGUACUACUCCAGGUAUACUGUGCAGAUAGUACCAGCCAGGGUGCAAGCCAGGGUGGGGGUGCUGGGGGUGGGCAGAAGUGGUGUCUUGGUUUGGGAGAAAGGCUGAGAGACUCUGCCUUUGGCAGGGUUGAGUUCUGCAGUGACCCAUCCAGGACAGGAUAAAGGGUGAUCCCCAGUCUCUCUGUCCUGGGCAGGCUCCUCAAGUCCAGGCACGACCUACAUUCUGCAGGGAUUAACUCUCCCUUUGAUUUUAUGUGGCUCCAAUUCCAGGGCUUUGGGGCUCCCAGGGACUCAGCCUUCCAGUGGGGGCCAAUUGCUUUCCAUCUAUAGGUGGAAGGGAUUCCACAGGAAGAGUAUUGCCUGGUCCCCGUUCCAUGGUCAUCUGCUACGACGGCCCUGUAGUCGUUCUGCCCUGUAGUCGUCUCCUUGGUCUUUUCCCCUUGCUCCAUGUUAUCUCGGUCUCCUGGACCCCCAACCCUGACCCCUCCAAGCCCCCUAGUGGGCCCUUUGGCCACACCACUCACCUUUUGUUCUUUCCUUCACGACAGAAAUCUGGUGGUCAGCUUGUUGAUGUCUCCCAGCCCAAGGCCUCUGUGAUUCUCUCCCAGAGCCAGUCCUUGGAUGGCCCACUGGGUCUGUCUGCUCCAGAAGGUUGCCCUGUCCAUGCUCCCUGGUACCAUCUCUCCGGGCCCUAUAAAUUCCCAAGUGCGAAAGGUCCCCGAGUAAACCUGCCUGCCUGGCAGCAUGCAGAGCAUUAUGCUUCUGCUUCAUCCAGCUGCCCCAAGGCUCCUGUUCUCUCACUUUCACUCCAGGUGAUGACCUGGAGCUUAACCAUGGGAUCUGCAGGUUCAGAGCUCACCAGAGGUCACCCAGACCUCAACUCUUGCUUUUUUUGGGUAUCUUCAGGGCCCCAAUCCAUUAGUGCCCAAGGACUCAAAAGUUUGGAGUAAUCCAGCCCUGCAAAGCAGGAGAGAAUCUACUCACUGUUCAUGAACCUCUGAUGUCCUGGGCCUCUCCCCACUGGCCAUGGCAGCAUCUCUGAGGCACAGGUCGCCAUGUGCUGCCCUGCAUGGUUGAAUCGCUUCCAACAUCUGCUAGGCAUCCUGUCCCUUGUGCCGUGUUCCCUCGGAUGUGCCAGUGAGUCACAACGGCCUAUGCUUAUUCACAGCAAUAAUACCUAGGGGGUGCCCGCAAAGUCCUUUUGUCCUGGUCCCUCGCCUUCUGCAUGGGUCUCCUGGGGAGGCAGCCAUUGAGUGGAUGAGGUCAUGAGAACCUGUAUUUAUGAAACUCUGGGCUAUGCAGACAUCGUCAAGGGGAUGCAGAAAAUUGGGAGGCCCAGGCCUGGGGGAGUUAUGGCUCAAGCGAGGAAAGCAGCUUCUACUCCGAGGCCACCCCAGGCCUGGAGGACCUGCAGGUCCCUGCUCUGCAAAAGGGCCUUUUAUGGGUGGGACUGUCCCCCAGUUAUGGCAGCUCUUCUGAAGGACACAUGACUGGUUUGUGCGCCCAUUGCCUGCUCUGUCUUCAUUGGUCUCAUUGUCUCUUUCUUUUCACAUUCGUGCACAUAAAAUAUACUGGUGUUUGUGUUCCA